GCACCAUCCCAGAGCAGCUAUCGCCAGCCAAGCACUGUCAGGGGCUGUUUUCUGUCUGGAGGGCCAGAGGACACUGACAUAGAAGAUGUGUGAGGAAGAGGACAGCACUGCCCUUGUGUGUGACAAUGGGUCAGGGCUCUGUAAAGCCGGCUUUGCCGGGGAUGAUGCUCCAAGAGCAGUUUUCCCAUCCAUUGUGGGUCGUCCCAGGCACCAGGGUGUGAUGGUUGGUAUGGGUCAAAAAGACAGCUACGUAGGUGAUGAGGCUCAAAGCAAGAGAGGAAUCCUGACCUUGAAAUACCCCAUAGAACAUGGCAUCAUUACAAACUGGGAUGACAUGGAGAAGAUCUGGCAUCACUCUUUCUAUAAUGAGCUCCGGGUUGCACCUGAAGAACACCCGACUCUGCUGACUGAAGCACCGCUGAAUCCCAAAGCCAACCGUGAGAAGAUGACCCAGAUUAUGUUUGAGACAUUCAAUGUGCCAGCCAUGUAUGUAGCUAUUCAAGCCGUUCUGUCCCUCUAUGCCUCUGGACGUACCACAGGGAUUGUGCUCGACUCUGGGGAUGGUGUCACCCACAACGUGCCAAUUUACGAAGGCUAUGCCCUGCCGCACGCCAUCAUGCGUCUGGACCUGGCGGGCCGUGACCUGACAGACUACCUCAUGAAAAUCCUGACGGAGCGUGGAUACUCCUUUGUGACCACUGCGGAGCGUGAAAUUGUCCGUGACAUCAAGGAGAAGCUGUGUUAUGUGGCCCUGGACUUUGAAAAUGAGAUGGCCACUGCUGCAUCUUCCUCCUCUCUGGAAAAAAGCUAUGAGCUUCCUGAUGGUCAGGUGAUCACCAUUGGAAACGAACGCUUCCGCUGCCCAGAGACCCUCUUCCAGCCAUCUUUCAUUGGCAUGGAGUCUGCUGGCAUUCAUGAAACCACUUACAACAGCAUCAUGAAAUGUGACAUAGACAUCAGAAAGGAUCUUUAUGCCAACAAUGUGCUGUCUGGAGGCACUACAAUGUACCCGGGUAUUGCAGACAGGAUGCAGAAGGAAAUAACUGCUUUGGCUCCUAGCACUAUGAAGAUCAAGAUCAUUGCUCCUCCUGAACGCAAGUACUCUGUCUGGAUUGGAGGUUCUAUUCUUGCCUCCCUGUCUACUUUCCAGCAGAUGUGGAUCAGCAAACAAGAAUAUGAUGAAGCUGGCCCAUCCAUUGUUCACCGCAAAUGCUUCUAAAUUGCUUUAUCUUUAUAUAUCUCCUUCGUGUGAAUGUAUUUGGGAAAAUACAUUCUUAUAAUUUCAUUCCAUAAAUGCUUCAUCGUAAUUAUCUAAUUAAUUGGAUACUGUGUAUUUUUUUGUAAUAAAUUUUAAUUAUGUUA